CCAAAUCAAUACACAAAAUUGUAAUUCACCCCAGAUUGUAGUAUUUGGACUCGGGCCGUAACAAAUUGAAAAGUUUUUCUAUUUUUCUUCCUAAUUUUUGUCAUUUUUUUUGUCAUCUUUCUCGACAAACAACCGCAAAUAUUUUGGUAGUGUGGCUCCCAUCAGUGUCCUUAGAUUUUGUCCUUUUUUUCUGGAGAAUCCUCAUCCCAACCGUACCAGCAGCCAGCCAUGGAGGUGCACGCUCCGGUAAGUGACUGCGAUCGCCUGGGGAAAAGCUCCCUGUCCGCCAUGCUGGGCUACGCACAGUCAGAAUACUCUUUGGGGACCAGCACCGGACCGAUUAUAUCCCGGGAACAGGCCCAUCAUCCGGCCGAGUCGAGCGAAGCGGACGGUAAUGCCACCGACGAGGAGGUUGAGAUCUGCAUCACGCGGUUGAACUUCUAUCCGGAUCAUGCCAAGCGCCUCUACAUGGACUGCCAGUUGUCCUUGCCGGCUGGCAGGAUACAGAUGCGAGGCGGAGCGGAGGCGAUACUGCCGCCAGAAGCCGAGAGCGGUGACGAUAGCCUGGACUGUUCGCCGGAGAUGCGCUACGAACGGCUGAGGAGCACCGUGGUUGAACAGCAACGCCAUUGGCGGCUCCUGAAACAGGCCUUCGAGUGUCCUCUGAGCCAGUGCCCGGCGAAGGUCACUGCCAGCGAUUUGCUGAGCCACUGCCUGGUGGAUCAUCCGGAGAUCAUAACCCUAGAGCUGCGCGCCGAACGGCCCAUAUCCCUGAAGCUGCUGGGCCCGGCUCUGCCCGAGGCGCAGGCCAAGUCCCAUUGCGUGGGACUCCUCAUCUUCGACAGUCCUCGCCGGGUGGCCAUGAACUGGAACCUGCCGCGUGUCUACUCGGACUGGGAGGGCCGUCCCCCGAUUCUCAUCAUGCUGUGGAAGACCUCCUGGGACUCCAAGACGGUGACUCCUUUGGUCACCCACCUCUAUAUCCUGUGGCUGCUCUGCCCCCAGGCCCAGCCCGCCCUGAUGGUCAACGUCCGGGUGAAGGAUAGUCGCGAGUUCCGCAAACUGAUCACCACCUGCCCGAAUCCCCAGCUGCUGGAGGAGAGCGACCUCCUCAGCGACAGCCCGCUCUUUAUGCGCUUCACCCAUCCCGAGAUGAAGGAUCUGACCAAGAACUACUCGCAGGACAUCCAGCUGGAGUUCACCAUCAAGGAGAACGAGCAGGAUGACGUCCUCGAGCAGGACUUGCCCGAAAGACAAGUCCUACGGCAUAAGUUGGAUCGCAAAAGGCAUUGUUCUUCGCACUUUGAUAACUUUGAUAUCGAUAUCGAGAAGAAGAUGCCGAUAGAAAUCGAUGGGAAAUCGGAGGGAGGAAAUUUAUCGAAUUCUAAGAGGAAUCUUCUAGAGGAGACUACUAGUACUAUUUCUAAAGAAAAUAUCAAAGAAACAAAAUCCGAGGCCCUAAUAACUUCAGAGAGACCCACAUCUGAGGGUUCUUCUGAGGGUUCUUCUACUCUCCAACUAUCCGAUGACAUCCGAAGCAAAGAAAGUCUCGAUCUGGAUCUGGGUCGGAAUCUGGAGGAUGAGAGACUACAACUGAUACCAGUAGGGUCGCGAGGCAACAUCGAAAUAGCCGAAGCACCCGAUGGCCAUGUCUAUUACUACUGAUGCCCAAGAAAAUACUAGACUUGGAGGGCUCUUUCAAGGAUACUACUAUUUACCUUCAGGAGACUGUUUUUACAAAACGAAACUAAUGGAAUUCAAAAUUUGUGAAAAGUGAACGGAUCUGAAACAAAAUUCCAUGUAUUUUGCAAAAAUUUUCAAUUAAAAUGAUGAUUUCUUGUAGUCUCUAUGGUCUGAGCAUAAAA